AUGAGUAUGUUUAAGAAACAGACAUUGGUCAAACCAUCAGCCAAUAUCAAAUCAUCAGAAAGAAGAAAAUUACUUUCACAAAUAUGUCAAGUAUAUUCAUUAUCAUCAACUCAACUUCCUAAAUCAUCAUUAGAAGAUAUAUUACCACCAAUAACCAAAAGAGCAACAUUCAAAUCUCCAUUGGGUUAUUCAGGUUCAAUAUUAUUCGACAAUCAAGAAAUCCCGCGUUGGUUUCAAACUCGUGAUUCUCAAUUAUAUCCUACUGUUUACACCUUAUGGAAAUGUCCAUAUUUGAUCCCCACCAUCCAAACCCAUCCUCAUGUUAUAGAUAUCAUAGGCAAUGGAGCUGAUCUCAUGAUUCCAGGAACUGUACCGCCUUUUGACUCCAGAUUGAAGCGAGGCGCUGUUGUAGGUGUGGUUAGUAAACAACGUCCAGGGGUAAUUAUGGCAUUGGGAAUAUGUAAAGUUGAUAUGACUAGAUAUGAAUCGGUUAUUGGAAGGACAGGGGUAGCGGUUGAGAUUAUACAUCUGUUUAAUGAUGAGUUGGCGAAGAUUAAUCGAGAAGUGGAUGUUCCGGUUCCAGAAAUGCUUGAUACUACUAUGCCAGCGGUGAUUGAAGGAGAAGAAUCAGAGGAAAAGACAUUGGAAGAACAAGUUGGAGAUUUGGAGUUGGAGGAAACAAAAGAAGGGAAUGAGGUACCGCCAGAAUCUUGUGAGGCCAAGUCGAAAGAGAUUACUCCUAUUGAAGCAACAAAUGGAAAUGCCAAUGAACAACAGACGUCCCCAGAGCCGGAAGCGGCUGAAGAAGAAGAGGCAACAACUGAACAAGCAGAAGAAGAAGAUGACACUGUUAAAUUAACAACCGAAGAAAUUGAUAAUUUCUUUACUAGAGCAUUAUUACAAACAAUCAAAUUAGAUAAAGUAGAUCUCCCCAUAACUGCAUCAACAUUCAUGUCCUCCCAUAUCUACAAAAAUCUCCCAAUUAUGGAUUCUUCAUAUACGAAUAUUAAAAAAACCUCAUAUAAAAAAACAUCUAAAUAUCUUAAAGCCAUGGCUAAAUUAGGAUAUCUUGAUGUGAAAGGAAAAGAUGAAGAUUUAUCAAUCAUUAAAUUAAUUGCAUCAACAACUCCAAUUAUAGAAAACUUUGUACCUCAUAAGAUUAAUAAACCAAAGUCAACUAAUCAACAAGAUCUGACAAAAAAACAAAUGAAUAUUAAAUUAUUAUAUAAGCCAACGAGUAAAUCAAGAAUGUUCUUCAACAAGUUAGAUAAACAAUACGAUUCAAUCUAUACCUCACCUGAAUUACGUACAUUAUUAGAAUCAUACGCCAAUAAGUUUGAAUUAAUCGGUAAGAACAAAAAGACAAUCCGUAUAGAUGAGACCCUAGCUACCAUCACUUCCAACAAACAAGGACCACAAGUCGCCCGUGAUCAAAUAUUCAAACAAUUCUUAUCCAAUUUCUCACCUCAUUAUCAAAUAAUUUUAUCAAAUGGAGAGGCAUUCCCCAUUCAAAAAGGUCAAUUACCCAAAAUUACAAUCAUAACAGAAAUGAAAAUCGGAAGAAAGAUAAUUACUAGAGUAUCAAAUUUUGAGAAGUUUAAUAUUAAACCGGGAGCAUUUGCUGAGGAAUUAAGAAAUAAAUGUAGUGGAUCAUCUACUAUUGGUCAAGCGACCCAUAAUCCUGCAAUAACAGAGGUACAAGUUCAAGGACCUCAUGGGAAAUUGAUUAUUGAAAUAUUGAAAGAUAAAGGCAUACCCAUUCUGUGUAUCGAAUUUGAAGAUAAAGUCAAGAAAAAGAAGGGUAAGAAGUAA